CUUACCCAACACAAUGGGACCGCUUGUCUACGCAACACACACAGGCAUAUGCACAAACACAUUCACACACACAGAGGGGGCUUCACUCUGGGGCUGAGUAUUGCUCCCCCGCCAUAUGCCCUGUCUCCGCUGGAAUGUGAUUAUCCUCGUUUGCUGUAGAAAGGACAGAGCACUGAGGUAAAAGAAGGAAGAAAGCAUGGAGAGGUUAGGCUAAAGGGUGACUGGGUGUAGAAAUGUGUCUGUGUGAGAGAGACAGAGAGAGAGAGCGGGAAGGAAGGGAGGAUGCAACCAACGCAGUGAGGCAGCAGUUUAACACCAACCUCAACCUGCCAGUGUGAGCGACAGAGCGCAGAGAGAGAGGAGGAAGAGAGGUUUCCGCUUCAGUCUAAAGGCGUUCAGUUUCUUCACUGGACUCCACUAUUCUCAGUGGACUCAACCUGCUCUAAGAGAGGAAGGACAAAUCUACCUGUUGCCAGUCUGAGAACACUGAAGAGGAGGCUUGUGUGGCGGUGAAAAUCGAGCAAUCCAGAGCUCUAGGUAGCAGCCCAGCGUGUGAACGCAGCGAAGCACCGAGUGUGCAGGCGUGUCUGAGUCGGGUGAGCGCAAGGACGACGAACACGAGCAGGGGAAGGGUCAAUGGAAGAGUCCCUGACAGCAGGCCUUGUCUGCAGUCUAAACCAGCAGUGCCUCCAAAGCCACCACACCUCCAAAGCCCAGUGACAGAUAUCACAUCCCCACUGGGCCACAUCCAGAAACCACCACUUAGUACCAUUAUGGAGGACAGAAGUGGAGGAGGAAAAAUGGGGGCUGUCAGCCGAGAGAGAGACAGAGAGAAACCCUCCAAAGUCUCAGACCUGAUCAGCCGCUUUGAGGAGAACAGCAACGCAGAGAACAAGAGAGACGGCUCACCGCUCAAACACAUCAGCAAGUCUGCCAACUGCAGUCCAGCUCACCGUGCCUACCCAAAGACAGAGAAUAGCAGCUCUGCAGUGGCCACAACGCAGGAUGCCCACAAACCAGCAGCUAAUGGGGUGCUAGUGCAGAUGGAGAAGGACAAAAACAAGGAGGAGGACAAAGAGGAGAAGCAUGAAAGCGUGAGGACAGAGACUGCUGAGCUUGUCAAUGGAGAUAUGGGGAGCUCAGAACAGAGCGAUGAUCAUUCACCUUCACACACAGAAAGGACUGAUACAGAGAUUGAGAAUGAGGACAGUGAGACUAAAACAGAAGGUGAACAUAGGAAUGAAGAAGGGAGCACAGACCACAAGGAGACAAACGAACAGAAGUUAUUUAAUAUCGCCAACGAGCUCUUGCACACAGAGAAGGCUUACGUAGCCCGACUGAACCUGCUGGACCAGGUGUUUUGUGCUAAGCUAAUGGAGGAGGCCAAUAAGGGAACAUUCCCCCCGGAUGUAGUGAAGAACAUCUUUUCCAAUAUCUCCUCCAUCCACGCCUUUCACAGCCAGUUUCUGCUCCCAGACUUGGAGAAACGCAUGGGAGAAUGGGCCUCCACACCUCGCAUUGGGGACAUCCUGCAGAAACUCACACCCUUCCUCAAAAUGUACGCAGAAUAUGUGAAGAAUUUCGACAAAGCCAUGGAGCUGCUGAAACAGUGGACAGACCGUUCACCUCAGUUCAAGGCUAUAAUUCAGGAGAUACAGAGUCAACAGGUCUGUGGGUGUCUAACGCUGCAGCAUCACAUGUUGGAGCCAGUGCAGAGGGUCCCUCGAUAUGAGAUGCUGCUUAAAGACUACCUGAAGAAGCUGCCUCAGGAUGACCCUGAUCGACGAGAUGCAGAAAAAUCAUUAGAGAUUAUUGGAACAGCAGCUACUCACUCCAACAGUGCCAUAAGAAAGUCUGAAAAUCUAAAAAAACUACUGGAGAUAUACGAGAUGCUGGGCGAGGAGGAAGACAUUGUUAACCCUUCUAACGAGUUCAUCAAAGAGGGCCACAUCCUGAAGCUGGCAGCCAGGAAUACGUCAGCGAUGGAGCGAUACCUCUUCUUGUUCAACAACAUGCUGUUAUACUGCGUUCCAAAAUUUAGCCUUGGAGGGCCUAAGUAUACGGUGAGGACUCGAAUCGGCAUCGAUGGGAUGAAGGUCCUGGAAACAACCAAUGAGGACUACCCUCAUACCUUCCAAGUGUCUGGGAAGGAGAGGACACUGGAACUCCAGGCCAGCUCAGAGCAAGACAAGACUGACUGGAUUAAGGCUUUCCAGAAGACCAUCGAGAUCUUCCAGCAGAAAAAUGAGUCAUUCAAGAAUGCACUAAAAGAUGUAGAAGAAGUGUCGAAAGCUGAGCUUGGAAAGCGUGCCCCGCGCUGGAUCCGGGACAACGAAGUAACAAUGUGUAUGAAGUGUAAGGAGUCCUUCAACGCUAUUACACGUCGGAGACACCACUGCAGAGCCUGUGGCUAUGUGGUGUGCUGGAAAUGCUCAGACAAUAAAGUGCCCCUUGAAUAUGAUGGCAACAAAAUGAACAAAGUGUGCAAAGACUGCUACUGCAUCCUAACUGGAGAGGGGAAAGCAGAAGGCAAGAAAAAGGGCAUUCUUGAGAUUGAAGCUGGUCAGUUUGCAGACAGCAGCAUCAUGUGUGGCUUCCUGCAGCAUUCUGAGAAGAGCAAACUUUGGCAGAAGGUUUGGUGUGUCAUCCCUGAGAAGGAGAGUCUGGUGCUUUACCUCUAUGGAGCGCCACAGGAUGUGAAGGCCCAGUGCACCAUACCCCUGCUGGGUUAUUCUGUGGAUGAUAGCACAGACACACCGGCAGGCUUCCGCAUCUCCCAGUCAAAGUCCAUCCAUAACUUUAUUGCUGAGACUGAGGAACUUAAGCAGCGCUGGCUGAAAGUGAUUCGAGUGGCAGUGACGGGAGAGAUACCAGAAUGUCCUGAGACCAACGGCAGCAACAUGCCAGACAACAACAACACGGAAGAAGCCAGCACUGAUAACACAUAAAGGCCUGUUUUCUACAAGCAAACUGCUAUUGGAUUUUUUUAUAAAUGAAAAAUAUGGGAUGCGCAGAUUUAUUCUGCAUGCACAAAAUGCAAACACUCUCCAUUUUGUCAUUGAAUCUGUAUCUUGAAGACAGCAUGGAAAAUGAAGUGCUGGAUAAGCUGCCUUUCCUUGUAUCGCUCGUGUUUCUUGGUCAGUACCUGGAUUUUCUCUUGCAAGAUUCACCGCUAGAGCUGUGCUGGAUUACUAACAAUUCUGAUACAAUCAACACUAGAGCAGAGGGGCCUCAGGAUAGAUCACCUUCCCUCAAACAGGCACUAUUAAUGAGAGCUCAAAAUCAUUCUACAUGGACUUGAGCCUAUGGACUACCACAGACUUACAAAGCACUCUGCUUACGAUGUGAAUCAAAGCAAGAAAUGUGGUCCAAACUAAGUCUGCUGGUGCUAUAAUUCUCUGUACAUGUACAAUAUAAAUGUAUUUUGUUUUUUUUUCUCCAUAAGGAACAGUUUUGUUUUUAUGUACAGAAAUUAAUCAAACUUUGUUUAUAUUCAAUUGAAAAACCUCUAAGUGUGCUACAAAGUAUUUACAGUAUUUCCCCUUUUCUUUGGUUGAGUAUUCCAAAACUGUAACAGUGAUCACACGUUUGGAUAAUGAUGGUGUCAUCGCUCCUCUUUGGGGGAAAAAAAAAAGCAUUUCAACCUUUUAAUUUGAAAACGAAAUAAUGUUAAAAUAUAAAGAUGGAUUCUGGAUUUUUGGUCCUAUGCCAAUUUCUGAUCCGCUUAUAUAUCCAAUAUUGACAUAUAUAAGCUGAUAUUUUAACAAAAAUAAUAAAUAAAUAGAGACGAGCAGAGAUCAUUAUCCAUUUGCCAGGGUUUUCUGUUCAGAUACAUAUGCAGCACAAUUGGGCAUAGCAAGCUGGUGCAGCAAUUGUAAAUGUGUUUUUAAUGCUGUGAUUAAUUUUAUUAUUUAAAGUAAUUUAUAGACUAUGACGAGCAUGAUCUGUUAAACUUAGGACAAAUUUGUUUCCGUCUCUGUCAACUGAGAAGUGCAUUAGGUACAUCCUUUUUUAUUCUAAGAUUUUUUUUUUCCCCCCACCACUAACCCAUGAAAUGUGUCACAGAGACCAGUCAGUCCUUGAUGGACUGCGGUGAGGAAAUGUGCCUAUAUUUUCCACGGCGUGUUCAUUCCCCCCCUCCCCCGUGCUCAAUGCUGGUGCUCACCACUCUGAACUAUUUCCACCUGCCCCCAGUCCUCUGUAUUCAAAUAAAAAAAACCAAGAGCACAAAAUUUCUGUCUGCUAGAUCUGAAUGUAAAGCUAGAUUUUUAUGCAUCCUCUCAUCCCCUUCCCAAAGGUUUAAGAAUCUGCGCACUUUACAGACUAUAAAGUGUACCUUCAAAGAAAAUAAAAAGGAGUAAAGGACGUGUGGA